AAACGUGUUUUAACUUUGUUUAUAUAUUUACCGUAGAGCCAAUGUUUGGUCUUAAUACAGGUCUGUAACCCGCUGAGUAAAUUCAAACUGAGAUUGAGUUGUUUACUUCUGCCAACCUUUUUCUACUUCUAAAUCCGCUGACUUGUGGACUUUGAACUGACGAAUCUCUCAACCUAAUUUCAACACCAUUGUUUUUUACAGAAACUCAUCAACAAAAUAUCUUCAAUUCGUUCAAAGUCGUUGCUUCCAACCAUCGUUGAUCCGAACUCCAUCAUUGAACAUCCAAGGGUUGGAGAAGAGCUUCGUCUUGUUAUUGAAGAGGAGGAAAUGGGGAAUAAUAAGUUAAAUGGUUCAUCACGUUUAGCGCACGACACUGUAAUGCAAGAGUUGAAGCAAAAAGAUCGAGAAGAAAGAAGUAAACUUGUUAUUUGGAAGCAGCCGAUUACUACACUGCAGUAUUUUACUUUAGAAUGCAUUUCAAAGUUACACAAAGCAUCAAUAAAAUUGAGAGAAAAGAAACUCACUGUUGCAGUUUUUACCAUUUUAUCAAUACUUACAUAUUUGUUGUGUGUGACGCAAGGACCGCAUUCUGAGUAUUUCAGUUCAUGGAGCAAAGUUAUAGCAUGGUGUGGAUACUGGGUUGGACUCGGUAUCUUGUCUUCUGUGGGGUUAGGAACAGGUCUUCACACUUUCCUACUUUACCUGGGACCUCAUAUAGCUGCAGUGACACUGGCUGCGUUCGAAUGCAUGUCCGUCAACUUCCCUCAACCCCCCUACCCAGACCAGAUUAUAUGUCCUGAAGAAACUGAACCCACUAUGAGUAUAUGGACCAUUAUCAGUAAAGUUCGGUUAGAAGCUUUUAUGUGGGGUGCUGGCACAGCUAUAGGCGAACUUCCCCCUUACUUCAUGGCACGAGCUGCCACGUUGUCCGGGAUUGAUCCCGAUGAUGAAGAUUAUGAGGAAGCUGCUGAGAUGUUCGAGGAUCAUCCGGAUGGUGAUAACUCGAUCUCCACGAGAGCAAAACUAGCGAUGAAGAAGUUGGUUCAAAGAGUCGGAUUUUUCGGGAUCCUACUUUGUGCUUCAAUCCCAAACCCUUUGUUUGACUUAGCUGGUAUAACAUGCGGUCAUUUCCUCGUCCCGUUUUGGACGUUUUUCGGCGCCACAUUGAUCGGCAAAGCUGUGAUCAAAAUGCACAUACAGCAGAUAUUCGUGGUCAUGACAUUCAGCAAGCACCAUGUUGAAAUGCUCGUCGAUUGGAUCGGAUACUUACCGGUGAUUGGCACUUCUAUGCAACUGCCCUUUAAAGAUUUUCUUAAAAAGCAAAAGGAAAACCUUCAUCAUAAACCUGGUACACACAUAGCCACGUCGGAAAGCUGGCUGCAGUGGUUCUUCGAGAAAUUAAUCAUCGCAAUGGUUCUUUAUUUCGUGGUUUCUAUCGUCAAUUCAAUGGCACAGUCUUAUAUGGGUAAGAAGCAGAAGGAAGCAAGGGAAAAAAAGACUUCAAAAUAAUCCAAAACUUUUAUCUGCUGGUGCAUCUUGUCUACAGUAAACAUGAGCAACUACUGUUUCCUUAACUGAAUUUCGCUUUUAUAUUUUAAAAAUUGACCGCUGUUAAAUCACAUGACGAAAUAGGGUUUAAAAUUAGCCGAUAUAUCGGUUAAAUCAACGUAUAGGAGACCGUAUGUUUGCCUGCAGUAACUACCGGCUGCUGACAUAAUAAUUAUUAUUUAUUUGUCGAAAUUACUGUGUUGGUAUAAAAUAUAGGGCCAACACACAGCAAUAUUAAUGUAUAGUAUUUCUAUAUUGCCAUGGAAACCAAAUAAUGACGUAAAUGCUGACGUAAGUUGCUACACCCUUUAACAGAUAGAGUGCAAUAUUUCUGCUGCCUUAGAUAAAAACGACUAUUACGUCUGCUAUGAUGAUGAAACACGGGCAAAGCAAUGCCCAAUAGGUAUAUUUUAGCGAUAUUAUUUGCUUGUGAGCUGUCACCGUUUUGUUCAAUUUUAAACUGAGGGAAAUGUCGUAAUACAAGUCUACUGAGUGAAUGGAA